CAAUAGCUUUUGCAUCCAAUACUCAAGCAAAGUACAUUUGUAGUAUAUCGUUCAUACAACUUCCCACACUACUCCUCUAGUAUUUCUAUCUUUCUUCAAUUUUUGUAACAAUGAAAAUGGUAGGAAAAAUUGCAUGCUUUGUCAUUUUGUGCAUGGUGGUGGUUGCACCCUAUGCAGAGGCAUUGAGCUGCGGCCAGGUUACAUCUGGCUUAGCUCCAUGCCUCCCUUAUCUCCAGGGCCACGGCCCUCUAGGAGGCUGCUGCGGCGGAGUUAAGGGUUUGUUGGGUGCAGCUAAGACCCCAGCAGACCGAAAGACAGCAUGCACUUGCCUAAAAUCAGCCGCUAGUUCUAUCAAGGGAAUUGAUGAGGGCAAAGCCGCUGGUCUCCCUAGCGCUUGUGGCGUAAACAUCCCUUACAAGAUCAGCCCAUCCACUGACUGCUCCAAGGUCCAGUGAGGUUGAUGAAAGCUCAAUUAUCCAAGGCAUAAUUUGGUACUAGUCGUGCGCAGAAGAAUAAGAUGGAUAUAUCGAUCGAGUUUAAUUAAUCCAUCACUAUAUAUGUUGUCUUUCUUUUUAAUUUGUGUCUGCUGGAGUACUC